AUGCGUGGAUUUGGUAGCGGAGUACAGAGGACAUGCAGGGUUCGGCCGGGGGGCGGCUGCACCGGGGCCUGCCUCGCGGACCUGGACUCGGGACUCCGGACGGCCCUGCCCGGUGCCAAUGCCUCAGCCACCUCUCCCACCUCUCUGCUCGAAACGAAGCUGAACGCAUUGGUAACUGUGCUCAAGAAGAUACAAUCGCGGGAGCCCUCAGGGUGGCGCACGGCGGAGAGGCGACGCGGGUGGCGCUGCAGAGGCGUCCCCACCCCCUCCGGGGACCUGGGCCCCGGAGCUGCCAGGCCUGCUGCACGCGGCGGCGCGGGAAAAACAACGGGACAGCAGCGCCCCCUGCAGGUGCCGGGCGCCUCCGCAGCCGCUGCGCAGACCCGACUCUUAAGGUGGCACCACCGGGUUCCCAGCCCGCGCGCAGCCCUCAGCCCUGGCUCCAUCCGCCGCACGUCUCCCUGGAGCAGCGGGCCUGACCGUCCGGAACGGCCGGAGUGUGCUGAUGCCUGCUGCUAUCUGCUUGAGCCCUUGACCCUACCUCUCAUCCAGGACUUCCGCGGAUGCCCAGCUAGCGAUUUCGACAGGCGAGAUUGAAAAUUCCGGGCGAGUAUAUGAGGAUGAGUAAGUCCCGCUUCAGGGAGGAACGACCAGAAUGACAUUUCUUUAAGCCUAAAUCAAACUUUUAUUUUCGUUUAUAAAAAGCAGAAGGCCAGCAGGAAAGGGUCGCGGAGGGUUGGCACGUCCACAACCGUAGGACUCUUGGAUCCAAGUUUUUAGGGUGAGACUAGGCCGUCCGGGGUUCUCCUUCGGCGCUCACACCCCGCAAACUCGUGGGCAGGUGCGGUGCUAGAGGCCGGGGGCAGCGGCGGACCCGCAGGGUAAUCUUGUCUCACGCACCUCCCGAGCCCCCAGCAGCAGCCCACUCUCGUCCGAAUGCUUUGUUUAUUUGGUGAUACCAGAGAACGUGGAGAAGAUCGAAGUUCAGUUUUUCUUUUUUCUUUAUUUUAAAUAUUUUUCUUAACUAAAUGCUAUGUUUAUGUGAACCCAUCAUCUCUUGGAAUUGAGUGUCCUCAGCGAACUCCAGAUUCCUAGGGGAAACCUAAGUGCCUAGAGCAGGAAACGCACAAGUCAAUCCAGGUUCCGGUGCCAUCCGCAGUAAAUUCCCUUCCUUUUGCUCCAAAUUCCUCCUCUGCGUCCAGGAGAGGGACCCCCGGGACUCCCGCACACCCAGGACCGGGAGCGGCGGAGCAGAGGGCGGGUGCAAGGGCGCGAGGGCGCGAGGGAAGGGAGGCGGCCUGCGGACCUGGGGCGUGCAGUUUCCAGGCACCGUGGGAACCUCCAACCCUGGGGCGCGCGGCCUAGGCUCCGCCCUGCCAGGCCUGGGGCCAAGCGGCCCACCUAGUGGGUCCUGCCCUGGGGAAGUCGAGUCCGCGCGCUGGUCGGGCCGCGGCGAGGGAAGCUCGCCUGGGCAAGUGCUGCGCGGGGUCAGACCCACCCCAGGGGUUGCAAACCGCAAAGCGAAAGUCGAGAGGGGCUGGAGCUUUUCCUCUAAUCCAUUUUACACUGUGAAAACCGCAGGCCUGUCGCCUAGGCGGCCACUUUUAAAUUGGGAAGCAAAUAGACGAAAAACCAAAACAAACGUACGAGCUGACUUUUCCCAGCUAGGUUUUCCCUCAAUAAAAAGCCCGCCUUCUGUGAAAGAGAGAGACUGAUCGGCGCUCACGAUUGCUUUCUUGGAGAUUCUGGGGGCACUGGGGCGCGCAGGAGGCGCGGCGACAACCCCAGCGCGCACGGGGCAGCCUGGACUGUGCCCCUCUUACCACUCUCCUUCCCAGGCUUCUCCGUGCUUUCCUCUCCACGGGUCACGCCGAGGCCAUAUGCUGCUUGCGAGGAGUCCGCGCUUUCUCGUCGGCGGGAAAGGCGCAUCUUGGCGCUCGAUGUUGGGGCUCAGGGUGUGGUUGAUUUGUCUCCUGAUCUAGAUGUCUUUCCAGCACCGGGCAGGAAGUGUAGGGGUUUGGGUCGCCAGUCCAGGGACUCGGGAAACCUCCAGGCCAACCAGAAGAAACACUUGCAGACACCUUUCUAAUGUCACAUUUUUCCCCAGGGGAAAAAGCAGAAGUUGCUGGGCACAUCACCCAGCACCCGGGCAAACUCUCCACUUACCUCGCGCCCUGCUAGGGGGUGCUGGGGGCCCUCCGGGAACCCCUAGAUGAGCAAGCAAAGUCGCAAGAAGAACGCUCACCCGAUAAACCAUGCACCAGACUUAAUCAGCCUGUAAUGCUUACUCUAAAUCUAGGCCCAUCUAGGCCAGGUGGGCUGAGUCUUGGGAUAGUGGGUGUCUCCUUCCUAUGUUGAUAGAUUAAGGGUUCCAUGUGGACAAAUAUUUUUAGUCAAAUUUGUGGUCCUGGAGAUAGAAAGAGGAAAAGAAGAGAGAAGAAAGACAGAAGAGCUUUAUCGUUUUUAUAUUAAAACAAAAGAAUCUAGAAAAAUUGCUUGGUUAAAUUGUGGAGAGGAAGGGAGGGAAGGAAAGAUGAAGGCUUUUCUUCUUUGUUCUUUAAAAGUCCAAGCACUUUCUUUCAGAAUCAAAAUGUAGAGAGGCAGUCAGUCUUGGAGCAUGCUUUUGCAUUUCAGGAUACUACUCAUUAAUUCACUUUUAAAGCAUUCACUGGGUUGAGCACAGUUUUAAAAAGGUUCUGUCUCACCCAGAUCCUGUUUGAAGCUCAACUCAUUUUGAUUGAAAGAGAUUUGAGACAAGAAUUUCAGAAGAGAAAAAUGUGUGUUAUACCUGGACAUAUAUACACAUGUAACAGGGAUUGUAUUCCUUCUAGUCUAAGACAAGAGAUUGUAUGGUAAAUUAUAAAAAAAAAUUAGUUUUUUUUCUAGCAUUGUAUUGUCACCAGAAAGAAGAGUGCUGAAUUCUCUGUUUCUCCAUUUUCCAAAAAUAAAUCUCCUAGGAGAGAAAACUUUUUGCAAUUGUGCCCCCCACCCAUUUUCUCUCUGGCUUGCUUUAUUUCCCACAUAUGAAUACACACACAGCAGAUACAUCACGCACAGACUUUUUCUUAAUGUGUAAUCUGUAAAUCUAGGCCCAUUUAGGUUUUCGCUGAAGUUGGGAAACUGUUGAGGACUGACUUUCUUUCUUCACCAUGCAUGCACUUUGCCAAGGAUCUUUGGUAACCAAUAAAACGAUCAUGUUCACUCUGAA